UCAAUUUAAUUAAUUAAAUUCAUUCUUCCCUUAUCUGUUUAAGAAACACAAAAUGUUUGAGUAUCGCAAAAUUAGCAGAAUUGAUAAGAAUAACUAUUCUGCUUCAAUUGAAAGUUAGAUUCUUUAUUGUAACUAGAAUGUCUCCUGUGAUACUUCUGUCAAUUUGCAUCAUUUAUUUAUUUGAAUUUGUUGCUAAAAUUGAUGGUUUCUCCAUUCAGUUUGGUUAUCAGCAUCCGGCUGCAGUGCCCAUCCAUGAAGUGGAGAUUCGUUGGAAGAGUGGUGUGUACUAUAUGGACUUCGUUGACAAUGCUAAACAAUUCAAUUUUAGAAUUAAUCUGAUAUUGGUCUUUGAUGAGAGUCAAUUGGGAUCUGGUGUUUUGACGGAGAUAAUGCGAGGUGGCAUUGGCUUUAACUUUACAACAUUGCGCUUGCGAAGCUUUUAUUCCGAUGGGUCGAAAGUAAAAAGUGCAAAGGUAACAGUUCUCAUUUAUGGGCUAGAGGAAUCUCAUGUAUGAUUUGUUUACAAUUAUCUUAUAAAUAUAUGCUCUCUGUUACUUUAUUGCUGUU